GUAGGAACACUCGGGAAGCGGCUGAACCAGGGCUUUCACAAGGGAGGGUCAGUGGCAGUGUUACUGGAGAUUUACUCAAUAAAACAUGCAACAAGCUCAAGAGUCAUCAGCACAAAGUUCAGUGACCAAGUGGUGCAAGAGAAAGGAGCGUACGAUUUCAGAGAGGUUAAGCAAAGUAAGGAGCAGCUCUUCAGGAUCCCAACGACCACUAUACGGAUUAUAUUCAAACACGGCUGAGUUGCUCUCAGAUGGAUUAUGCUAUGAAUACCCUCAGCCUUCUGACUCCAUCUACCCUCACCAAGUGUGUGACAGCCAGCGUGUCAGCCAGUGCUUCUAUGACACAGCAGCUCCUGUCGGGUCGAGUUCCUCGGCCGAAGCCCUUCAGGGUCACAAAUGCUGACCGCAGUGUAAAGAAGGGCAUCAUGGCGGAAACGCUAGAAGACCUGAUGAACAAGGUCAGUGAGUCGUUGAGUGUACCAUGUAUCAUGGCCCUGGUGCUGGAUGAAGAUGGCACAGGAUUGGACACAGAGGAAUUCUUCGAGACGCUGUGUGAAAACACUGUCCUCAUGGUGCUGGAGAAGGGCCAGAGCUGGACUCCAUAUCUGAAAUACAGAGAUCAGCUCAUUGAGUGUAGGCCACUGCACCGGAAAGAUGUGGCCAAGCUGACUUUUGACCUAUACAAAAACAACCCCAAGGAUUUCAUUGGCUGUCUGAAUGUGAAAGCAACGCUAUAUGGUGUUUAUUCUGUGUCCUAUGACCUGCGCUGUUAUGCUGCCAAAAGCAUGCUGAAGGAGGCUCUGCGAUGGACCCUCUUCUCCAUGCAAGCCACAGGCCAUAUCCUGCUGGGUUCCUCCUGCUACAUCGAGCAGCUGCUGGAGGAUGAUGAGCGAGCAGAGAAGAGCCUGGCGCUGCCGCAGGAAGGCAGGAUCAGGCAGCUGCAGAGCAUGCUGCUUGGAAAGAUAUCCCACUGAUGAUGGACUAGAGCUGACGAUGGUGGAGCAGAAACAUUGUCCACUCUUAGAUUUUGCACACAAUGGAAAUAGUCACAGGUGAAACUGGGGAUUUCUACAUGUUCAUGUCAGUUUCCUGUGCAGUUUGCGAACAUUUCAGACAGUGCAACUGUUUCACAGUCACUUUGUUACACGCUGUUUCCCUAUUUUGAAGCUGGUACAAGUUAUUCUUCAGAAAGCCCUUUUACUCACUAUUGUAACUUUUUUCCUAUGGAGAUGAAUAAAUAAAACUAACACUUUUUUAUUUUCCUGUGUAUGAAAGUCCAAUUAAGGCUUUAUACAGUAGGGUUACAAGUAGACUUAUAUGUGCAGAGUGAGCCCAAUAACUGGCUUUGUGUGUGGCACUGUGGUUCCUGGUCAAAGUCAUUGUAAUUGGUAACGGGUCCAGCUGCCUCUCCCAUGCUUCCCUAAUUGUCCCCUGCCCUGUCAGCUGCAGCCUGCCUCUGCCGUAGAAAAUCUCAGUUAGAGAAUGAAAGAAGAGCAAGCAGCUGCAGGGGGCGAGGGGAUGUAAGCAAACCAUUAUACUGAGAGAGAAGAGAGAUGAUGACUUCAGCUGGUGGCUGAAGUGCCAUUAUGCCAUCUCAUAAUGGAAGGUGGCAAUAAAAAAGCAGUGGACAGAUUUUGAACCUAAUUGACUGUAUGAUAUACCCUGAAGAAGAUAAAUGUGAGGUAUAUAUUAAGUAGGUCAAAGGUUGGAGGAUAACUGUGGUCCCUCCCAUCUUAUGAGUCAUGAGGCGCAUGCUGCUUGUCUCAUGGUGUUAUCUACAUCUGUUGUGCUUCAGUGUUCUUUGACUGUGUGCAGAUGAUCCAACUGAAAAUAUCCAGUCAUAAUGUUAUCUUAGUUAACUUUACAUUUUGAACUCAAAAUGAAAGCUGUACUGUAAAUGAUGAGGUGAUUAGAAUACACAACCUCUGAUCCAAAUAUAAAACAAAAGGGUCCACACCACC